AUGUUACGAAUUAAUGCGCGCGGUGCGGUUAUCACAUCCAUCAUCGCUUUGGUGCUUGUUCUGCUUAUUGUCGCACAAUGGAAGCGCGAGGAGAUUAGUGCAUGGCGUGGUCCUCAAUCCUCUUCACCGGAUACCAACUACCAGGACACCAAGCUGGAGGAUGUCGCCGAGUUCAAGGAUGAUGCCGCCCCUACUACCGCUCCUGUCGUGCCAGACUACUCGGCUGCAAACUCGACACUAGGUUUCCAAGCAAUCCUCGCACUGUCCCAAGGCACCAAAUGGCGGGUCGAAGGCCUGCACGCCGCAGCCAAAGCCGCCGGCAUCACCGUAACCGUACCCCAGCAACCCAAAUGGAGCGAACCCUUCAUCAAAGCCUUCCAAGAAUUUGGCCCCGUCGAAGCCCACGGCGCAGCAAUGGCCUGGCUCGGCCACCUCGACCUCCUCAAAUUCGUCAUCCAGAACAACUGGNGGUCCGCCCUGAUCCUCGAAGACGACAUGGACUGGGAUGUAGAAAUUCGCAAACAAACACCGCCAAUCGCAAAAGCAGUCAGGGAGUUGACGAAGGCGAAGAAGGGGGAUACAGAGCCGUAUGGAAGGAAUUGGGAUAUCAUGUGGAUGGGCCAUUGCAGUGAUCCACCGCCCUUCAAGGAUGAAGGCAAAAUCAUCACUUUUGCAGACAACACGACUGCACCGGUUGACAAGUACCGUGGCUUGAAUCCAAGACUGAAGGAUGUCGUCAAGGAUGGCCAACGCAUCGUCCACUACUCCAUCAACCCCGUCUGCACAUUCGCCUACGCAGUCUCCUACCAAGGCGCCCGCAACCUCCUCGCCCACGCUUCCCUCGGCAAAGGCGGCGCUUUCGAUCUGAUGCUCAUGCACGCCUGUCAAGACAAAGUGCUCAAAUGUAUCUCUGUCAACCCUGAGGUCUUUGAUCCUUAUUUCCCUGCUGAGGGCGGUGCCAGUGAAGUCAGAGCUGGAGAUGCAGGUGUUGACUUUGACCAUGAAGUUGGCAAGGCCAUGGGUCAUACGGACAAUACGUUGAACAGCGCACGCUGUUUUGCUCAGUUUGGCAAGACAUGCUUGGAAUAG